AAGGUCGCAAGUGCUUUUUUGAAUGAGAAGUUGCUAAGCAAAGGCUGCAACUAGAACGAAUGCAGCAGACACAGAUGUUUAGCGCCCACGAAAUUGCUGAGAAGACAUAUGUUUCUCUCUCACGAAGCAACUAUUUAUAAUCGCUGAAACCAAGACCGUUAUCACAACUCGCGAGUUGAACGAAUACGGUUUGAAAAUGUUGAAGGUAUUUUUGCUUUUCCUGUUCGUCGGCGUAGCCAUCGCUUAUACCGGUUGCUAUGGCAACAUCUACAACACUGACACCACCGGUUGUUCCAGUCAAACAUCAAGUCAAGAUAACUUGGGUUACAGCGGAAUCUCCGCUUCGAGGCAAAUGGCCGCAACAGAUCUGUCCAGAAUGAACCAAUACAAAAGUAACAUUGAGAAUGCUGGACGUCAACUGUGUAUGGAUCCUUCUGUCAUUGCAGGCAUCAUUAGCAGGGAAACUCGUGCGGGGGCUACCAUUGGUUCAGACGGUUACGGCGCAGAUGGGCACGGUUACGGUUUGAUGCAGGUCGACGAUCGUUACCACACCAUACAAGGUGGCCCUACAUCUCUUGACCAUAUAUUACAAGGCACUGGCAUCCUUAUAUCUAAUAUUGGACAAAUAUCUUCGAAAUUUCCAUCUUGGGACCAAAACAUGGACUUAAAAGGCGGCAUAUGCGCUUAUAAUAUAGGUGUUGGGGGCGUGUGGUCUUAUGAUAACAUGGACGUCGGUACAACUGGGGAUGACUACUCUAGCGAUGUAGUGGCUAGAGCCCAGUAUUAUAAAGAUAACGGGUAUUAGGAAAAUGGGAUUAUAAGCUAUGAUGUAAUAGGUGGUAAAAUGGUGGCAGGAUAUUGGCGAUUCUGGUAAUAAAUACAACCUAUAUAAUUUA